AUGCGAGUCCUACCGAGCGGGCAGAGAGCCCAACCUUCCUUCUUCAUUCUGUUCCUGCUCGUCCUCGCAAUCGCUGUUCAAGUUUCUGCGGUGCCUGCAGCAGAUACCACCACCGACGCCCAGACCACCGCCGAUCCCUCAACAACUGACAGCACCCCUAGCGUGACCGAGAGCACCACUUCCACCGAGAGCACUUCGACGACCACAUCGGACAAAACCACCUCCACCACGACGUCCUCAACGACGUCCUCAACGUCGACAUCUACGACAUCCACGACCACCAUGUCUACCACUACCACGUCAGACACGUCUACCUCUACCUCCUCUGACACCACCACAUCCUCCGUUUCCACAACAACGACAUCAACAUCCUCAUCCUCAUCCUCCACAUCAACAGGCGGCGCCGUCGUUACCAUUCCACCCACCGCAAAUGCGCCGUACAUGCAGACCUCAAACACGCCAGAGGGCACAGUCUUCAUCGCCGUCGGUGCCAUUCUAGGCUUCAUCGGCCUUGCCGUUCUCGCCUGGCGGGGAAUGGUCGCAUGGUCCGUGAACCGCUCAGUGCGUCGCGCAGCUCUCGCCCACUCCUCUGAGAACAAGCGCCUCAUGCGCGGAAGUCGCAAGAAGCGUGGAACGACCGUAUACACCGCCGCGCCAGCCGGAGACGUCUCAUUGGAGAAACUCGGCACACGCGCAGGCGUCAAGCCGAAUCGUCGGGUCCCCAGCUCGAACAGCGGUCUAUUCUUUUCGCCCACUGCCGGCGGCGCUGGAUCUCACAAUAGUCUCAAUGCGACUGGAAACCGCGGCUCGACUUAUCUCCCUUCUGGGUACUACGUCGCCGCCGGUAGUUCCACCCCCGUCAGAAAUGCGUCAGGCUCGCACGUUGAUCUCAGCUCGCCUUCACUGCCAAACGUCGGCGCCUACGACCCCCCGCAUAACCAGCGCAGCUCAUAUGUUGGUGGUUCCACCAGCUCGCUGAAUCUGAACCAGACGCAACAGGGCCGAGCACCGAGUGCCUACCUGGAAGAUCUGUUUGAGAACCAUCCACCUCCCAGUAACUCCGAUAGACGUCAUCACCGAUAG